AUGACAUUGGAAGAUUUUGAAAAGUCCCUGACAGAGGACCGGGACAGACGACGCGAGAAGAGCGACAGGGAAAGGCAUCGGGAUCACGAUCGAGACCGCAGCUCCAGACACCAUCGUCACCACCGUCGCCAUUCCUCCAGAUCCAGAGAACGAAGACACGACAGACACCAUGAAUCCAGACACAGCGAUGAAAAUGGGCACAGACACAAGCGAUCGCGCCAUUCCACUGACCAUGCCGACGACCGAGGCCAUAAACGCCGACACCGACAUGAGAGCAGAGAUGAGGAAUCGAAAUCCUCUGCUCCUGCAAAAGAGAUAGUCCAAGAGGAGCCUAGUCGCUUGCAGCGGGAUUCCUGGAUGGAAGCUCCCUCUGCACUGGACAUCGACUACGUUCAGCGACGCGAUACGACGCGCUUACAAGAAGCAUCGCAGCCCAAAAUGCUCCAGGCGGGCUUUGAGCUCAAAAUUCACAACAGAGAGCUGAACGACCAUCUACGGGAUUUGAAUGAAGGAAAAUCAAUCGACGAUAUUGAAGAAGAGCCGGCUCAGCAUGAAGUGGAUUAUACUAUUGGCGACACAGGCUCCCAGUGGCGGAUGACGAAGCUCAGAGCUGCUUACCGAGAGUCAGAAGAAAGUGGGAGGCCAGUGGAGGAGAUUGCCGUCGAAAGAUUCGGUGAUCUUCGCUCAUUCGAUGAUGCGCGGGAAGAGGAAGCAGAGCUGGAUCGCCGCGAAAGGUAUGGCGAAGGCUACGUUGGCAAAGAAAAACCUACCGGACAGCUGUUUCAAGAAAGAAAGCUAGAUCAGGGUGUGAAGAGAGACUCCCACGAACAUAUCCGGGACCCAGCAAAGGAGCAUGAAGCACAAGGCCAGGGAAAACCAAUGGAGACUGUCCCUCCUCCCAAUACUACGCAACAUCUUGACCUGACAGCCCUCAAUCGACUAAAGGCCCAGAUGAUGAAAGCUAAACUCAAGGGAUCAGCCGACGCGGGCGAGAUUGAGGAGCGUUACAAUGCGGCGGCAGCAGCGAUGGCCAACCGCAAGGAAUCCGACGUCGUGGUGCUUGGAGUGAUGGACAAUCGAAUGCUUGCUGGAAAGAGAAAUGAAGUCAAGCAGGUUGAAACCAAGAGAGGCCGCGAAAGAGGAAAGGUGGAAGAAAACCAAGACAUGAGCAUUGAGGAUAUGGUUCAAGAAGAACGUCGAACCCGUGGGCAAGCUGGAGGAGAGGGCCAACGACUUGCUGACAGGAUUGCAAAGGAUUCUAAAUUCGAGAAUGAAUUGGAGUACAUGGACGACAAUGCCUCCAAACUGGCUAAGCGGGUGCACCGAUCCGAGAUUGACAUCAAGAAUGUUACUGUCAAUGAAUUCAAGAAGAUGAACCGGAUACUGGACAAUUGCCCUCUUUGUCACCACGAAGAUACCAACACGCCCCCCGUCGCCCCAAUCGUGUCUCUCGCAACUCGUGUCUUCUUGACUCUUCCCACUGAGCCCGAACUGAACGAGGGAUGUGCCACCAUUGUCCCCACUCAGCACCGAACAAACCUCAUGGAAUGCGAUGAUGAUGAAUGGGAGGAGAUUCGGAACUUCAUGAAGAGCCUGACCCGCAUGUAUCACGACCAGGGCCGCGACGUGAUCUUCUACGAGAAUGCUGCCCAACUCCAGCGUAAGAAACACGCAGCUAUGGAAGUUGUGCCACUGCCAUACAGCCUAGGAGAGACCUCGCCUGCGUUCUUUAAAGAGGCCAUUCUCUCUGCAGACUCUGAAUGGUCACAGCACCGCAAGCUGAUUGACACACUGGCCAAGUCAAGGCAGGGCCUGGGCCGGUCGGCUUUCCGUCGAAUGCUGGUGAAGGAGAUGCCUUAUUUCCACGUCUGGUUUGAGUUGGAUGGUGGACUGGGGCAUGUAGUCGAAGAUGAACAUAGAUGGCCACGCGGCGAUCUAUUUGCGCGGGAGGUCAUUGGGGGUAUGCUGGAUGUGGCCCCAGAUGUCAUCCGACGACAGGGACGUUGGAACCGGGGUGGUGAUCGACGAGUUGAUGGGUUCAAAAAGCGAUGGAGGAAGUUUGACUGGACUCGAGUGCUGGUCGAAGGGUGA